CUGGAAUUCACGGGGCUGCUAAGAUCAUGGCCACGUCCUCGGUGUCCAAGGGCUGCUUUGUUUUUAAGCCAAACUGUAAGAAGAGAAAGAUUUCUGUGCCAGUAGUUUCUGGCCGGAGCUGAAAAGAAUUUUGAUUUUUAAUUGAGUAAUCAAAACAAUUAUAAAAGCCGAUUGGCAACCUAAAUUUCUAAUAAUAAGGGAAAUUAAAUAAUUGAUGACACAGGAAAACUAAAAAAGAAAAAGACUGCAAAUUUAAAACUAUUUUAAUAAAGGGAGAAAUGCGUCUGAGGACAGUAAGCUUCGAUUUGAAACUUACCAGUUGAUAUGGCAACAGAUGAAAUCUGAAACUGAGCGGCUACAAGAUGAAUUAAAUAAAAACCUGUUUGACAAUUUAAUUGAAUUUCUGCGGAAGUCUCAUUGUGGAGUCCAGAAGAAUUCAAGAGAUUUAGGCUGUCAAAUAAAACUCAGAGAAAUUCCAACUGCUGCUCUUACUCUUGGUGUAAAUGUCACAGAUCAUGAUUUAACAUUCAGAAGUCUAACAGAGGCUCUUCAGGAUAAUGUUACACCAUAUGUAGUCUCAUUGCAAGCUAAAGAUUGUCCAGAUAUGAAACACUUUUUACAAAAGUUGUUCUCACAGUUGGUGGACUGCUUUGCAGUUGUAAAAUCCAAAGAGGAGGAAAGUGUUCAGGUCACCCAGAAAAAGACACAUUGUUCAAUGGAUUCACUUUGCAGUUGGUAUAAGACUGUUACACAGAAAACAGACCCAGAAAUGCCACGCAAAAAGAGGACCACUACUAGCCAAUGGCAGUCUCCUCCUGUUGUGCUUGUCUUAAAGGAUAUGGAAAGCUUCACCACGAGAGUACUCCAGGACUUCAUAGUUAUCAGCAGUCAACAUCUGCAUGAAUUUCCACUGAUACUCAUUUUUGGAAUUGCCACAUCUCCUAUUAUCAUCCACCGGUUGCUUCCUCAUGCAGUAUCAUCCUUAUUAUGUAUAGAACUGUUCCAAUCUUUGUCUUGCAAGGAGCACCUGACUACAGUACUUGAUAAGCUACUUCUUACAACUCAGUUUCCUUUUAAAAUAAGUGAAAAAGUGUUACAGGUUCUGACCAAUAUCUUUUUGUAUCAUGACUUCUCAAUUCAAAACUUUAUAAAAGGACUUCAGCUUUCUCUGUUAGAACAUUUCUAUUCCCAGCCCCUAAGUGUCCUAUGCUGUAAUCUCCCAGAAGCCAAAAGAAGAAUAACUUUUUUAUCAAUUAAUCAAUGUGAAAACAUCCGACGUCUUCCAUCAUUUAGGAGGUAUGUGGACAAUCAAGCUUCAGAAAAGCAAGUUGCACUAUUGACCAAUGAGAGAUUUUUGAAGGAGGAAACACAAUCAUUAUUAGGAAACCUACACAUUUACCAUAUGAAUUACUUCUUGGUUUUGAGAUGUCUUCAUAAGUUCACCUCUUCUCUUCCCAAGUACCCUCUGGGUCGACAGAUCAGAGAGCUGUACUGCAUGUGUUUAGAAAAGAAUAUAUGGGAUUCAGAGGAGUAUGUGUCGGCUCUGCAGCUAUUGAGAAUGUUGGCAAAAGAUGAACUGAUGACCAUACUUCAGAAUUGUAUCAACAUUUUUAAGUCUUCUGAAAAGUACCUUGGCAGCACAGCAAAAAGAUUAGAAGAGUUCCUGGCCCAGUUUCAGAGCCUUGAUGCAGAUGCCAAAGAGGAAGAAGAUGCUUCGGGAUCAGAGCCAAGAGGGCUUCAAAAGACAGACCUCUAUCAUCUUCAGAAGUCUUUAUUAGAAAUGAAGGAGUUAAGAACAAGAAGUAAGAAGCAAACCAAGUUUGAAAUACUCAGAGAAAAAGUUGUGAACUUCAUUGACUGUCUAGUGAGAGAGUACCUUCCACCUCCAGAGACACAGCCACUCCAUGAGGCCUUGUACUUCAGUGCUGCCCACACCCUCCGCGAGCACCUGAAUGCCGCUCCGCGCAUCGCCCUCCACACUGCACUCAACAACCCUUACUAUUACCUAAAGAAUGAAGCACUGAAAAGCGAAGAAGGCUGCAUUCCGAAUACCGCGCCAGACAUCUGCAUCGCGUAUAAGCUGCACUUGGAGUGCGGCAGGCUGAUCAACCUUGUGGACUGGUCAGAGGCUUUUGCAACAGUUGUGACAGCUGCUGAAAAAAUGGAUGCAAAUUCUACCAUCUCAGAAGAAAUGAAUGAAAUUAUCCAUGCUCGGUUUAUUAGAGCUGUUUCUGAACUAGAGCUUCUAGGAUUUAUAAAACCUACCAAACAGAAGACUGACCAUGUGGCCAGGCUAACGUGGGGAGGCUGCUGAAAAGCAGAUGAAGAAGCCAGAGCUGUCUCACUUUCCUCAGAAGAGGGGAAGCGGUCACAUCUGUACACAACUAAAGGACGCUAUUUCUAUGAGGAGAGAAAUGUUAAGCCUCAUCCUUAUGUGAGGCUUAACAAGAAAGUACCCUGCUCACUCCCAACAGGUGUAUGUCAAAACAUAUGUAGAAUACCUCUCACACAUUAUUGAUGUUCUUUCCACAAAGUUAUUAUUAGUAAUUUAUUCUUAAAUAUACAGUGUACAAAUGUAAUAAAUUCCUUUACCCAGUAGUAUAAAUUUACGGUUGGUUUAGCCAUACUCAUUCCUCCUUCCCAGUUUUUUGCACUAAUACUCUUUUUAGUGUAUUGUACGGUAACUAAUGUGAGUUUUCUACAGGCAUUUUCCUCCCGGUGACUACACAGCUUCUAAAACUGUCUCUGCCUCCUGAUUUCCUGUAGUCUUACAACUUUGAAAAGGUCCCAAGUUAUUAGGCUUAAUACUUAAAGGUAGUAAAUAUUCUACUUAUGGAUGACCAAAAAAUAUCUUACAGCCAGUAAGGCCUCUCCAGGUCUCAUCCCAAACUUGUAAAACUCAGAUGAGGAAAGGAAGGCCAAGGUGAAAUGACACCUGGGUUUCUUCCGUGGCAAGAACUCAUCAUGGCCUAAUGGAGCAGAUGCCCAAAGCUCAUUAUCUAAUGUUCUUUUCCUAAGAGAGUUUUGGGACUUAUUUAUAUAUUUAAGACUCCUCACUAACAUACCAAAAUUACCACACAAAUGUGAAAAAAGUCCAUGUCCAAAAACAACUGUUUUGAUGGGAAAUCCUUAGUGGGAGAGAGUGUGUGUAUAUAUGCAUGUAUAAACGUGCAUGUUAAGGACAACUUUAAUAUACUUAUUAAAUAUCCUCUGUCUGAAUUGCUUGGGACCAGCAGUUUGGAUUUUGGAAUAUUUGCAUUAUAAUUAACCAUUCAACAUCCCAAAUCUGAAAUGUUCCAAUAAGCAUUUCAUUUGACCAUCAUUAUCAGCACUUGGAAUUUUGGAGCAUUUCACAUUUUGGGUGCUCACCCAAGCCUCCUUAAUUCUACAGUAUAUUCUCUCUCAGCCUGUGUUAUGAAAAAGAAAAAGGAGGUAUUAAUAUAGGUUUAUAAUAAAGAGUAUCUUAGACCUCUGGCAACAUGGUGGGCUGAGAUGGGCUGCUCCCCACCCCUAAGUGCCCUUCUCCAAACACAUAAAAAUGCUAGAUGAAAUACAUCCCCCAAACUGAUUGUCAAAUGUUGCCAAGGCUAAAAUAAAAAGAAGGGGAAACCCAGCCUACAAAGAUUAGAGUCAACUGUAAGUCAGAGCAGAAAGCACCUAGCCCUGCAGAGCUUUGAGAAAGGCUGGAGUAGCAGUAGUUAAGGUGGAUUAAGUAUUUUACCAUCUUCAUCUGAAAGAUGGCCAGGAUUUGUUUUUUAGCAGAAUGUAGAUACCUGUACACAGGGCUGUCAACAUGAAAGUUCAGGAAUGUAUUACAUGCAAACAAAAAACAUUGCCUUGGAAUCCACGUAUAAAAGAUAGAGCCUGUCAUAUUAAGGGUACCUGAAUGAGGGCUUGGACCAUAGACUUUGCCAAAUGAAUUAUGAUCAAGGAAGUUUCUCUUAUGUGAGAAAUCAUUCCAUGACUUACCUUUACAGCAAUUAGCUCAGUACUUUUUCUCAAUAUUCCAAUCAUUCUCUUUCAGUCAACCAACCAUGUUUCAUUUUUUUUUGCAAUGGUUGGUAAACAUCUAGGGAAAGAAUGUGUAAAUGAUUUUAAGUAUUUCCCACUUAUUGCCUGUUUAAGUGAGGCAAGGGGAAAGUUUUCCAGUAGUCCAUGCUGUUAAUGAGGACACCAUCUAUACAUACAAGUGUUGCUUCCUUCAGAUUUCAAAUGAUGCAGAUGAGCACCAGUGUUUAGAGACCGUUUCUUUGAACGAUACUCACACAGCAAGAUGCUUAUUACUCUAUAAGGUACAAAGGAACUGGCCCUACACAGACGAGCAGGUUCAGCUGUCUGAGGUCUGGGCUCACUGGGCAGGUUAUGUCGCCCUGCCUGACUUUUGCAACCAAGGUGCAUGUCGUGCACUGACCCACUUUAAUUUUCCUUGCUACCCACUUAAAGAUGAGGUUCAAGAAAAUAGGAUAGAGCCUGCCCUGCUUUCACAGUGAGUACCCAAAUGAGCUACAAAAUCAGAACACGCAGCACCUUGGUGGUAACCAGUAAGAACACAAAACCCUUAGGCCAUCCUAUGAAAUGUUAGUUCAGUUCUGUGUCCAUUCUUUAAUCCCAGAAACCCUCAAACAAAAUGCCAUACAGAGUAUUAUCAUUUACUGAAUCUUUUAAGGAAAUACUGAUCUGAAAACCGUGGAUUGACCUAGUUUGAAAUUCAUUAAAACAACACUGAGUACGUGCUGUGUACCAGGCACUACUUUAGACACUUGUGACACGUCGGUGAACAAAGAUCUUUGCCUUCAUUGCAUUCUUGCAGGAUAAAAUAGACAAUUUGAUAUAUUGCAGAAAAAAAGCAGGGUAAAGAAAACCAGGAUGGGCCCCAGCUUGGGUUUUCCUACAUGAACGCUGGGUUUGGUUCCGCCUUCGGGAAAGCACCUAUUCAGGUAUGUCGGAGUGUUCGGAAGUUGUCUAUCGUAAGGAAAGCAGCGGUGGCUGCCACGGAGGACCGGAGCACGGUCUGUGGCCUUGGGAUCAACAGGCUUGGGGCAUCUCUCAUGCCUGUUGACCAAAUAAAGGUUCUC